CCCUCUGACGCUGGAAGUGACGACACGGCGGAAGAGCAGCUUGUCUCCAGCAGAGCUAACGGCUAACAGCUAACGGCCGGUUCUCCCCACCUGGAUCCCCGCAGUGUUCUCUACCCGAGGCGGGGGCAAGGUGAGCCCUGGGCGGCGGCGGCUCGGAGCCUGUGUCGGUCCUCACAUGGAGGCGGAGCGACAUUAGAGACGAGAGGCAGCAACAGGCGGUCGAGACCAGACAACCAGCGGCGGAGCGACACCGAGGACGAGACGCUGCGGGAGGAACCUUCACUCACUGCGGAUGUUACCUGGAGGUUAACCGGGGCUCCCCGGGACCACAGCCUCAGACUCCAGCCGCAUGGCGUCAACUCAAGCCCGGAUAGGCCAGCAGGCCUUAGCGGUGCUGGAUGUGGCUCUGCGAGUUCCCUGUAUCUUUAUUAUCGACGCCAUUUUUAACUCUUACUACGACCCGGGUUCAGGAUGGGCCGGCGCGACGGGGAAGGUGCUGGUCCGAGUCACGGGUGUCCUCGUCUCCAGCGUGGUGCUGCUGCUCUCCCAGAAAGCCUUGUUCAAGUUCUACACGCUCUUCUGUGCGGUUCUCCUCGGCAUGACGGCGGUCCUCAUCAACUACUACGCCACCUCCCACAUAGACUUCUACAGCGCCUACUACAAAGCGGCGCUGGGCUUCAGGCUGCUGCCCAGGAACGGCCCCACUCUGUGGCUGGGGAUGGCGGCCGUCCAGCUGGUGCUCGGCGUGGGCUACGUGUUCCUGCUCAACCUCCAGUCGGUGUUUGCCGCGCUGGUGGUGCUGGACAUCAUGAUUCCUCUGUGGGGGCUGAUGAUCGAGCUGCCGGCGGACGUGAGACAGCUGGUGGCCGUGGUCUCGGGCCUGGCGUUGGCCCUCAACACGGCCGUGUGCCUCACCAUCAGGCUGAAGUGGUUCUACUACUCGUGUCGGUACGUCUACCUGCUCGUGCGGCACAUGUACCGGAUCUACGGACUUCAGCUGCUGCUCGAGGACACGUGGAAGAGGAUCAGGUUCCCCGACGUGCUGCGGGUGUUCUGGCUGACCCGGGUCACGGCCCAGGCGCUGAUCCUGGUGUACGUGGUGCAGGCGGUGAGGAGGGAGAGCGGCGAUGCCACAGGUGGGGCCACAGACGGGGGCUCGAACUCACAGGGUUACCUGCUGAGCUGGGACGUGUUCUGGGAUCUGACCAGUAACCUGAUCAUCUCCGGCUGCGACUCCAUGCUCACCGUGCUGGGGAUGAGCGCCGUCAUCUCCUCCCUCGCGCACUACCUCGGCCUCAGCAUCCUGGCCUUCAUCGGUUCGACGGAGGAGGAGGACAAGCGUCUAGGCUUCGUGGCUCCGGUUCUGUUCUUCAUCCUGGCUCUGCAGACCGGCCUCAGCAGCCUGGACCCAGAGGAACGUCUGGUUCGUCUGAGCCGGAACAUGUGCCUCCUGCUGACGGCCAUCCUGCACUUCAUCCACGGCAUGACCGACCCCGUCCUGAUGUCCCUCAGCGCCUCCCACGUGUCCUCGGUUCGCCGCCACGUCCCCGUCCUGCUGGUGUCCCUGGCCCUGUUUGUGCUGCCUGUGGCGCUCAGCUACACCCUGUGGCACCACUACGCCCUGAACACCUGGCUGUUCGCCGUCACCGCCUUCUGCGUGGAGCUCUGCCUCAAGGUGGUGGUGUCUCUGACGGUCUACGGCCUCUUCAUGUUCGAUGGCUUCUCGAACGUGCUGUGGGAGAAGCUGGAUGACUACGUCUACUACGUGCGCUCCACAGGCAACAUCAUCGAGUUCCUGUUCGGCGUCAUCAUGUUCGGAAACGGGGCCUACACCAUGAUGUUCGAGUCGGGCAGCAAGAUCCGCGCCUGCAUGAUGUGCCUGCACGCCUACUUCAACAUCUACCUGCAGGCCAAGAACGGCUGGAAGACGUUCAUCAACCGCCGCACGGCCGUGAAGAAGAUCAACUCCCUGCCGGAGAUCCGUGGGGACCAGCUGAGGGACAUCGACGACGUGUGCGCCAUCUGUUACCAAGAGUUCUCCACCUCGGCCCGCAUCACGCCCUGCCACCACUACUUCCACGCGCUGUGCCUGAGGAAGUGGCUCUACAUCCAGGACACGUGUCCAAUGUGCCACCAGAGAGUUUACAUCGAGGACGAGAGCCGGGACAGAGCCGCCUUCUCCAACAACAAUGGGAACUACGCAGCUCAGCAGGACGCUGCUGACGCCGCCCCCCCGGCGCCGGGGGACAACGAGGACGGACAGCCCCCCCCAGAGCUGCCGGCCGAGGGAGCGGCGGGCGGCGCGCAGGCCGCAGGGGGGGGGGAGCUCAACAACGAGCUGCUGGAGGACAACGACAGCAUAGAGUACGACGAGGACGAGUGGGGGACUCAAACCGGCAGCAUGCCGAUAGAAGAAGAUUAUAUCAAUGACGACACUGACUCCACAGAGGACUGAUGAGAACAGAUCUAUAGAAAACAAAUGUCUUUAUUAUAUUUAAGUUAAAAAUAAUUAUAAAACAUCUUCAGCAUCUUAAUUUCUUCUGGAUACUGUCAGGGAAGUGGCGUCUCUUUUCUUGUUAGUUUCUUUUCAUUUGAUUUUGGGAUUAACUCUUAAGGGCUCGUGGAAAGAGUAACUGCUGCUCGUGUGUGUGCAUGUGUGUGUGCUUAUGUGUGUGUGUGAGUGCACGGGUGAGUGUGUCGGGGCUGCAUGAACUCAUAGUGUUGUUUAUAUUUCUUACUUUAAUCCAGAAGUAUUGGAGAUCCUGAUAAUAAUCGUUUGGAAACAACCGUCUGUUCAGAUUUCAUCUCUUGAUGCCUCAAACCUGAUCAUCAGCAAAUCCAGAUAUCAGAUUUCUGCUCCUCUGAGAAUCUGCACGACACAAACACACCAGUGACAUCACCACUUUGUUCAGACGUCUGUCACUCGUGCAGCCCUGAGGUUUAUUUGUGUGUUUUCGGGGGAAUUUGUGUAAUCACGCAUGUGUACGCCUGCCGACGUAUAAUGUGUUGAGACGAUGUCUUAAAGAUGCAGAUUGUGUUUCCUUGUUGUGUGUCAUCGGGGAAAUGCUGCAGUGUUUCUGUUCGUUAACGACAAAUCUGUGGAGCGAUUGUCAAACCUGCUGUCAACACAUUCUAAAUUAAUAGAUUUAUAAAUAAAGAUGGACGACGCGUCUCCACUUCCUCCCGGUAUCAAGAGAUUAAGCCAAAGUAGCUCAGAUCCAAAUGUGGCCAUCUUCCACUCCUGGCGUCAUUUGGAGUCGGUGAAGCCGUGAUCCUGUCUCAGCUGUCAAUCAUGACGUCUCCGCCCAUUUUUAUAUCAUCAAAUAAUGAAUUAAAUCCAAACUUAUCAGAAACACUUGAACAAACCUCAGUGAGAUAAGAACGACCUGAAACCAUCUUUGACAAACAUUUAUUUCACGUUUAUUUGACUUUUUAUUUUGGUCCAUGUCCCAUCUGCUAACGUGGAGGAGGCGGGGCUUACAAUGCGUUGGCUUUACUUUUGUGCAGCCGUCAUGUCGUCCAUCUUUAUUUACAGUUUGUUUUUAACAAAUUUCAGAGAAUUUGAGAGGAUACUUCCUGUUUUGUCCUGCGUGGGGGGAAUUCGCUCAAAACACUUCUGGCCGUCUAACUUUUAAAAAUGUUACUAAACCUGAAGCUCCGACGUGAGAAACACCUGCUCAGCGUUUGUGUCUUUAACGAACUCCAGGAGAAUGUUUGUGAACUUGUUCAGAGAGCGAGUGAAGCAGUUUUCUAUCGGCUCUGCACCAAUCAGAGAGAAGGUCAGAGGUGACUUGCUACUGUCAUCACUGAUAUACCUCUACCAUUACUACUGGUCCCUUGUGUGACCUUGCUUACAUUUGUGUACGUUAUUGUACAUGUAAUAAAACGACACACGUGCACUCUCCUCCCAUAGAAUAACAGAAACAUUUUAAAAAUUAAACGUUGCACAUUUCAUCGUUUUAUUUGGUUGAAUUCUUGUUUCAGACCCAGAACUUGCUGCUGCAGAUGUUUGGAGAUGUAGUGGAUGAAACAAGAAAAGUGGUAUUCUCAAAAAAGAAUAGUAUUUGGUUAAAUGAUUAAUUCCACCUCAUUAAAUUUGAAUGUCCCAAAAGAACGACGUAUGAGAAGGUGCCAGUGGUGAGGGCGGACAGGAAGUUGAAAGGAGAUGUAUCUUGUUUUGUCAGUGUUUCUUUCCUCUUGUGUGUUAUAACGGUUUUCUGUGGACGUAAAAGUUCUAUAAAGUUAAAAAGCCCAAAGUCUGUGGUUAAAGGAGCUAAACACACUGAUGCUCCUGAAACACCUGUCACCUGGUCUGCACCUUUGUGAUGUCACGAGACACAUUUGCACUUCCUGUGGCGAAGCAGAUCAGCAGCUCUGGUGAGAUGAGCAGAAUCCGUCUCCUUUAAAGACGUGUUUCUUUCUAAUGGUAAAACGUUCCUGAAUCCGUUUUGUGUCUGUCACUUUGUACGAGCAGUUCUAUUCGGUCGCUGCACUUUUCUGCUUGUUUGUAAUCACUGGCACAGACUGGUGGAGCCACCUGUCCUCGUCUCAGGGUCCUGCUGCAGGGCUGGACGAGUUCUCUCAUUCACAGAAACAUGUCCAGCCCUGGGAGAGAGAGAGAGAGACUGAAGAGCUGCAGGAGCGUCUGACACGUUCAGAUCUUCCUUUGUCGUAGUAAACCUACAACUGCUCGUUUCACUAAGUUGAUCCUUGUUGAAAAGUUGAGCCUCAGCAGCAGACGUCCCAUAAACACUGAUCCAAAAAACCACUGUCUGGAAACUUCAUCUUUCUUUGUUUGAACUGUGCUGCUUCACCCCCCUCAGCACCGACUCUGAGUAUUAACACUGUUUAGACUCCACAGCCUGAACGUCUUAAAGGUUUGACUGCAAACCCGUGUUCAUUACUGUUGUAAUUACAGGCCGCAGACAAUAAGCUGUAAGGAAUGCAUUAUGUUUAAUGAGGAAGAGAUGGGGGCUGAUGAUGAUGAUGAUUAGAAAGCUGUGCUUUUUGACAUGUGUCAGUGAUGAAGGAUUAUUCGGGUGAUUGUUCUGAAAGCUUUUUAAAAAGGUAAAAAGUGUUGAUUUUGCCUUUUGUUUUAAAAGGAGAUUUAUGUAAAUAAAAUCAUCUUUGAUAAUGA